AUGACAGAGAACAUUAUCGUGUUUUAUGACAUACCCUUAGCGGAGCCCAACAUUUGUUGGUCGCCAAAUACGUGGAAGACACGAUACUCCCUUAACUUCAAAGGUCUUGCUUAUAGAACAGAAUGGAUUGAAUACCCCGACAUCGAAGCCCUCUGUAUCAAGAUCGGCGCAGCCCCGACGGACGUUAAACCUGACGAAUAUACCCUCCCCGUAAUCUACGACCCAUCCACAAACAAAGCCAUAUCGGAUUCAUUCAACAUCGCUCAAUAUCUCGACACCACAUACCCUGAUACCCCACAACUUAUUCCCCCAGGAACCCGAGCAUUACAGUCCGGUUUUACUCAAUACGUGAACUUGAGGGUUAAAUCUAUUCUAGGACAGUUCGUUCGUCCGGUUGUAUUUCAGAGACUUCCGUUUGGAAAAAGUCAGGAAUAUUUCCGGCGCACUAGGGAGGCUUUGUAUAAUGUAAAAAUUGAAGAGUGGGCUCCUCAGGGAGAGGAUCGUGCGCGAGAGUGGAAGAGACUUCGGAGGGCGUUGAUAUCGUUAGACGGACAUUACAGGGAAGCGAAAGAAGAAACUGGUGGUGAUUUCUUAUGCGGGGUCGAUCCAUCUUUCGUGGAUUUUGCUUUAGCAGGUAUUCUUCAGUGGAGCAAACACAUCCUUGGAGCAGAGAGUGAAGAGUGGAAUGAUAUCUUGAGCUGGCAGGAAGGGAAUUGGGCGAAUUUUAUGAGUAGAUUGGAAGGAUAUGCCGUGGUUGCUUGA